AUGGCAAAUGUCAAACACAUGGUUCACACCAUUAUAUUCAUAACGUAUAUUUGGCUCUACUAUUGGAUCACCGAUGCUCUCACACCCAACCCAUUGUCGCACUCGUUGACCAACCCAUUGGUUAAAUGUGUUGUUGUAUUCAUGCAAAUCCUGUCCGUAAUAGCGUUACCGCAAUAUAUUUUUCAAUUUCUGGGUCUAAUUGUGUACAACCCGUUCAGCGACGAUGUCGUACCCCUUAAGUCUGACCCCCUGUCCGCCCCUUUCAUAUGCUUCCGAGUGGUCACACGUGGAAUGUACAGGCGUUUAGUCGCCGAUAAUGUCAAAAAGCAUGUGAAUGUCUGCUCAACCGUUGGUCUCAAGCAUUUUAUGAUAGAAGUGGUAACCGAUAACCCAUUAGAUUUGGACACAACUGACCCGAGAGUGCGUGAAAUUGUUGUGCCCGUUGGGUAUCGGCCUAAAAAUGGGACCAUGUUUAAAGCUCGGGCUCUACAGUACCGGUUGGACACCAAUGAUAUGGCGGACGACGAGUGGAUCGUACACUUGGAUGAGGAGACAGUGAUGACAGAGCAGUCCGUUAGGGGUGUCGUUAACUUUGUGUCCGACGGCCGACACGACUUCGGUCAGGGGCUCAUCACUUACGCCGACCAACAGGUGGUCAACCCUUGGACUACACUUCUGGACACUCAGAGAGUGGCCGACGAUAUGGGAAAACUUCGCUUUCAGUUCAAGUACUUCAAUGACGCGCCGUUCAGUUGGAAGGGUUCAUUCAUGGUGUGUCGUGUAAAAGCUGAACUGCUGGUAUCCUUUGACCACGGAUUGGAGGGCUCGAUAGCCGAAGACAUGUAUUUCUCAAUGAGAGCACUGAUGGGUCGGCACACG